AGCAUGUUGUUGUUGAGGUAAGAUCCCACAUUGGGGCUUCGACAUACGAAACAAUAAUGGAAAUUUUGGGAGGAGAAAGAAAAAACAGUAACAAUAAUAAUGAUGAAGAAAAUAAGCUUGUGGAGGAGGGUGGCGGCCGCGCCAAUCAACCCUUCCACCAUAACCGCCACCGCAUUAUUCCGAGUAACGUUGUCAAAAUCCUUGUCCUUUUUACGAUUCUAACGUUGUCGUGUCUCCUUCUUUAUCAAUCCACUUCUGCCGGAAAACUUUUCCCCAACCUCUCCAACUUGAAACAUGGAAACUUUUCUGCUACUUCAUCUCCUUCUACUGCUCCCAACAAAACCAUUCCUUCUUCAUCCAUAUCCAUGGAAAAGGUGGUGGAGAACAGUGUAGAGAAAGUGUUGGAGAAGGCAGCCAUGGCAAACAGAACAGUGAUCAUAACAACCUUAAACGCAGCAUGGACAACCUCGGGCAAUUUAUUUGAUCUGUUUUUGGAGAGUUUUAGGAUUGGGAACCAAACAGAAGGCCUGUUGAAGCACUUGGUAGUCGCGGCCGUGGACAAAACCGCUUACGCUCGAUGCCGUGAGUUACACCCUCAUUGCUACAACUUGAGCACUGACGGAGAUGACUUCUCCGGCGAGGCGAAUUUCAUGACCAAACACUACUUGAAGAUGAUGUGGAGGAGGCUUGACUUUUUGCGGGAGGUUCUCGAAAUGGGAUAUAGCUUCAUUUUUACGGACGCUGAUAUAAUGUGGCUUCGUCAGCCAUUCUCACAGUUGUACCCGGACGCCGACUUUCAAAUCGGUUGCGACCACUACGGCAAGUAUGAGUCUUCCGACCUAAACAACUACGCAAACGGCGGCUUCUACUACGUAAAAUCAAACAACCGCUCCAUCCAAUUUUUCAAAUUGUGGUACAAAUCGAAGGAUGCUUUUCCGGGGAAGAACGAACAGGACGUGGUAAACGUCAUUAAAAAUGAUCCUUUCAUUAAACAGAUUGGGUUAAAAAUAAGGUUUCUGAACACGGCUUACUUCGGAGGAUUUUGCGAUCCCAAACAAGACCUUAAUCUGGUGUGCACGAUGCAUGCCAAUUGUUGUGUUGGUCUUGGCAGCAAAAUUCGUAGCCUUAAAAUGGUUAUUGAUGAUUGGAAGAAGUAUAUGGGAUUAGCCAGCAAUGAGAAGACAUCCAAGCCAAGAACAUGGACAGUUCCAAGAUGUGGGUAAUGUACGUCCACAAAUAUAAUAAGAGCUAAUAAUUAAAGUUAGGUCCUAGUGAGAACUAAAAAAUGGUCUAUAAAAUUAGGUCUUAAUGAGAACUAAAAAAUGUUGGUGUAAUAUUAUUUUGAUUUUAAUUUUUUGUUUUUUUGUUUGU